AUGAACCAAUGUCAGAGGCCGCUGUCGACCACGAACCACUACGACGGCCUCAAAGCACCCGCAGGUGACCGGGCCGGUGGAAUGACUUUGUUCCCUACAAAUAACCAGCGGAGGAGAAUGUGCAUCACCCAAAUAAACCUUGACGCUUGUUUCUAUCUAUCUAUCUAUCUAUCUAUCUAUCUAUCUAUCUAUCUAUCUAUGUUUAUAAAUAAAAAUCAAUCAAUCUAUCUAAAGUUUCGUGUAUCUAUCUAUGCUGAUAAAAAAAAAAGUUUGUCUAUGUUUAUAAAUCUAUCUAUCUAUUUAUCUAUAUAUGUUUAUAAUCGUGUAUCUAUCUAUGCUGAUAAAAAAAAAAGUUUGUCUAUGUUUAUAAAUCUAUCUAUCUAUUUAUCUAUAUAUUUUGUCUAUGUUUAUAAAUUAAAUCUAUCUAUCUAUCUAUCUAUCUAUCUAUCUAUCUAUCUAUCUAUUCUUUCCCCGGCUUUUCCCUUCUCUAUACCUUUCUCUCAGGAACUGCAUGACCUGACUUCUUUCCAUCCCCCUUUCUCUCGCAGCGAUGCACGCCUUUUGUCGAAUUCUCUUCUUGUGUCUGUUUUCUUGCGUGUAACGAGCCUCUUUUCAGGCCAAAAUGACCUUUUGACUGCGUUCUUCUCCCACAAACAGGCUCACCAUUGGAAACAAUAA